CAAAUGCUGUUUACCACACCCAAAAGGGAAUACACAAGCAGAUCCUUUCGAGUUACAACAACAAAUUUGAAGCAAUAAGUUCCAUUUCUUAGAGAAAAUUGUUUGAUGUUUAAUAACUCCCAUUAUUAUAACAACCCUGUUGUGAAGAUGAAAACAAUGUUGUGUGGAAGACAUAAAAACAUUAUAGAAACGUUUGAUUUGUAAACUGAUGUGGAAAUAGUUUUUAAAUUCAAUUUAUUACAAAUCUCUUUUAUAUAUAUUAAAACUAGUACCAAUGGAAGAGGUGCAGAGGCAUAGUGUUCAUACACUUAUAUUUCGUUCUUUAAAAAGAACACAUGACAUGUUUGUGUCAAACCAAGGCGCACUGCCGGAGAUUGAUGAAAAAUUAGAAAAAGUACGUAAGUCUAUAAAAGCAAAGGAUUGUUAUCAACUUGUAUUCGAUAGAGUUCUGAAAGCAAAUGAAGCUAAGCACAAUUCAUCAGCUUCAAGCGUAAGUAAUGCCAUAGAAGCACCAGUUACGCCUCUCGCUAUAACCGAUGGCAACAGUAAGACUGCAAACGACAAAAAUAACUUAGCAUUAGUUCCCUCUGGUGAUAAAAAGCCUACAAUGGAAACAACAGUGAAUAACUCAUUAGUAUCUGCACCUGGUAUGCGUACUGGUAGUGGAACUAGCAAUACACAGAUUAUACCCAAGAAAGCACCAACAAUACCAAAGCCUGCCUGGCAUCCACCAUGGAAACUUGCACGUGUUAUUUCUGGUAAGCAAUACUAUAAUUAUGAUUUAGUCUUAUUUCAUGAAGAGAGGCUACUGAGCAACAACAAAGUACAUAGUAAAAGAAUUGUAUAA